AUGAAAAUACCGGAGACGAAGAUUGAUUUGGAAACAAUUCGACAACUCGAAAGAUUAUCUUUGGUGGAUUUUGCUAAUGUAACAGGUAUCGACAGGCUCGAAUCCGCAAUUAAUCUCGCGGAUAGGAUUCGAAAUGUGAAUACAGAUGGGGUUGAACCUCUUUACUCCAUUCUUGAGGACGAAUCCUUGUAUCUGAGAGAAGAUGUGGCUGUGAAACCUGCAAACAGAGAAACAUUAAUGUCUCUUGCAGUUCGGACGGAGGAAGAUUAUUAUUCAGCCCCCCAAGGAAAUAUAUCACUAGAGCCUACACCUGGAUAUUCCAGAGAAUCUGAUCCAAGUUCUUGA